CGCCGCCAUGGAGCCGGCGGAGGUGAAGGACCGCAUCCUGGAGAACAUCUCCCUCUCCGUCAAGAAGCUGCAGAGCUACUUUGCCGCCUGUGAAGACGAGACGCCGGCCAUCAGAAACCAUGACAAGGUUCUGCAGCGCCUCUGUGAACAUCUGGACCACGCUCUGCUCUAUGGCCUGCAAGAUCUUUCCUCAGGCUACUGGGUGCUGGUGGUUCACUUCACCCGCCGGGAAGCCAUCAAGCAGAUAGAGGUGCUUCAACACGUGGCCACCAACUUGGGACGCAGCCGGGCAUGGCUGUACCUCGCCCUCAACGAAAACUCCUUGGAGAGUUACUUGAGGCUGUUCCAGGAGAACCUAAGCCUGUUGCACAAGUACUACGUCAAGAACGCCCUGGUUUGCAGUCAUGAUCAUCUGACCUUGUUCUUAACGCUGGUGUCCGGGCUGGAGUUCAUCCGCUUCGACUUGGAUCUGGACGCUCCUUACCUGGAUCUGGCCCCCUACAUGCCCGAUUACUACAAACCUCAGUACCUGCUAGACUUUGAGGACCGUCUGCCCAGCUCCCUGCACGGCUCGGACAGCCUGUCCCUCAACUCCUUCAACUCGGUCACCUCCACCAACCUGGAGUGGGACGACAGUGCCAUCGCUCCCUCCAGUGAAGAUGGAGACCUCACGGACACGCUCAGCUGCCCGCGCUCCACCGCCUCGGAGGCCAACGGCAGCAAGGCCUCGGUGAAGAGCCCCACUCAGCGCUACAACCCCUUCAACGAGGAGAAAGCCGACGUGCCGUCCUCCACCGAGACCACGCCGGUGCACGCAGCGUCCCAGGAGAAGGCAGAAGCCACCCCUGAAGGAACAGACCAGUCCGAGAGCUGCACGGAGCUGGAGGUCAUCAGGUUAGCCAAGAAGAAGAAAACAGGCAAGAAGAAGAAAGUGAAGCCCGAGGAGCCAGUGAACACUCCUGCACCCGUGGAGCCCCAGCAGGUCAGCGGGGACAGCGGCGUGAACGGGCUGAGCGACAGAGAGGACCUGCAGAAAGAUGAUGGUCCCGCUGCCCCGGCCGGUGAGCCGAGCCCGGGCAGGCAGGAGGAGGGUCAGGAGCGCUCUGCCCUCAGCCAGCUGGCUUUACACAUCCCCGAGAUGAAGGACACGUCCAUGGAGAGCCUGGGGCAGCCCCUCAGCAAGGUGAUGGACAGGCUCAACGGGCAACUGGACCCCGGAGGCUGGAAUGCCCCUCACGAGCCCCCCGGGCAGUCCUUUCGGACUGGCACGCCAGGGGAGACACCAGAUGGAUCGUCCUCUGGCGACUUUAGUGAGGGGAUUUCAGCCCCCAUGGACUUCUACCGCUUUACCGUCGAGAGUCCAAACGCUGCUGCACCAGGUGGUGGCCACCAUGACUCUCCAGGGCCUGGCCAACCGCCACAUGUUUCUGGUAGCUCUGAGGCUCCUGAAGAAGAAGAAAGCAGAGAGGGAGAGACAGUUGGAGCAGUAGAGGAGGCUGGAGGGGCAAGUGAUGAGCCCCAAACUGGCCAGACAGAAAUGGCCAACCCCCAGGCUCUCCAAGAGCCCAAGAAGGAGCAGCCCAGCCCUUCCCCAAGCAGCGCUGAGGACUCUGGUGUGGAGGAAGGUCAGGGCAGCCCUUCAGAGCUGACCCAUCCCUCCGAAUUCAGGGUGGAUAACAACCAUCUCCUCCUGCUGAUGAUCCAUGUCUUUCGGGAGAACGAGGAGCAGUUGUUCAGGAUGAUCCGAAUGAGCACCGGGCACAUGGAGGGGAACCUGCAGCUCAUCUACGUCCUGCUGACGGAUUGCUACGUGUAUCUGAUCCGAAAAGGGGCAGCGGAGAAGCCGUACAUGGUGGAGGAGGCCGUUUCCUAUAACGAGCUGGAUUACAUCUCGGUUGGGCUGGAUCAGCAGACGGUGACGCUGGUGUGCACCAACCGGAGGAAGCAGUUCCUGCUGGACACGGCGGACGUGGCUCUCACUGAGUUCUUCCUGGUCUCCUUGAAGUCAGCCAUGAUCAAAGGGUGCCGGGAGCCCCCGUAUCCCAGUAUCCUCACGGAUGCCACCAUGGAGAAACUGGCGCUUGCAAAGUUCGUGGCCCAGGAGUCCAAGUGUGAGGCCUGCGACGUGGUUGUGCGUUUCUACGGCCUCGUUCACUGGGAAGACCCCAUGGACGAGGCGCUGGGACCCACCAACAGUAGCUACAGCUCCACCGAGAACGCAGUCACCAAGGACGGCGUCCUGCACUACAAGGCGGGGACCUCCUACCUGGGCAAGGAGCAGUGGAAGACCUGCUUUGUGGUGCUCAGCAACGGGAUCUUGUACCAGUACCCGGACCGCACGGACGUCACCCCUCUGCUCUCCAUCAACAUGGGCGGCGAGCAGUGCGGGGGAUGCCGACGCUCCAACACCACCGACCGGCCCCACUCCUUCCAGGUGAUCCUGACGGACCGGCCCUCCCUGGAGCUCAGCGCCGAGAACGAGGAGGACAUGGCAGACUGGAUGCAGUACUUCUGCCAGGCUGUCUCCAAAGGGGUGAUCCCCCAAGGGGUUGCCCCUACCCCCUGUGUCCCCUGCUGCCUGGUGCUGACGGAUGAGAAGGCUUUCACCUGCCACGAGGACUGUCAGACCAGCUUCUUCCGCUCGCUGGGCACCGCGGAGCUGACGGACAUCACCGCCGUCUCCACGGAGGCCGGCAAGGAGUACUGUAUCCUGGAGUUUGCUCAGGACAGCAAGCAGUUCCUGCCCCCCUGGGUCCUCUAUUUUAGUUGCACUACAGAACUGGAGAGGUUCCUCUCGGCGCUGAACGCUGCAUGGAGGAACAUCUACCAGGUCGACCUCCUGCACAAGGCCAUCCUGGACGCCGCCGUCAAGAAGAAGUGCGAGGACGCUCAGAGCCUCAUCGACAGCGCCUGGCAGCGCAGCGACAGCCUCUGCCGCGGGCGAGCGGAGCGGGACCCCUGGUGUUAACCCCGGCGGGGGGCACGGACGGCUCAGGGCCUGGGGGGGCCAUUUUUUGGAGAGCGGGACCGGCACCCAGCUGCCCCGCAGCCAACCGGACCCCCCCUCGCCCCCCAAAAACCCUCCCGCCAUCGCUGGCUCCCCACCAGGAACGUGCCUGCAGGGGUGGCCCCCCUCCCCACCGCGCUUUCCACCCAAGUGGGGGACACCCAGCACAUUUUUGGGGAGAAACCAGACGUUUCCCUGCGCUGGAGGCGAGGCCCAGCUCUGCCCGGGGGGAGCCUGCGCCCUCCUCCACUGCCACGGGGCAAAAUAAUUUGCCUUUUACGGAAUAAUAUCGUGAGGGAGAGGGUGGGAGCGGGGUGGGCUGGGGGUGAGUGUCCCCCCCGUGGUGGCCCAGAGCUGGACUGAGGUUCAUGGGUGGAGGUGACGAGAGGGGGACACUGAAUGGCGCCCGUGCAUGUUUUCUCCUCGCUAAUUACAAUCACCGAGCGCGGCACCGCUUCGCCUCCUCCUCCUCCUCCUCCUGGCGUCUCCAGGAGAUCGGCCAUCACAAAACCCACCCUCCAGCCUGUCAGUGAGAACUUCCAGGUGCAGGAAGAAGGAACCAGGGCCAAAAAAAGAAAAAAAUCUGGCCUUAAAUAUCCCAGCAGGGUUUUAGGAGACCUCUGAAGCUCCGAAGAAGUUUGGACACUUGGCCCCGUGUGGCCCCGGGGGUGGAGGAGAUGGAGUCCCACCUUCUCCAGGUGUCUCAAGGGACGUUGUUGUCACACGGCUGCCACCACCCAACCUGUCCCCCUUUCGGCUCGCGAGGACCCGUCACCGCUUGCCCUCUACAGCGAGCCCUCCGGGGCACAACCCCAGCUUUUAAAUAAUAAUAAUAAUAAUAAUAAUUAAUAAUAAUCC